AUGAAUCAUUGCUUUUUCGAUAAUGAUGUAAAUCAGAGCAGAUGGAGAAAACUUAUAUAUAAUGGAACCAUGAAUCCUGUCUGUGCAUUGACUCGAGUUGACACAGGAAGAUUACAGAUAUUUGGGGCUGAAGAAAGCAUCCUAAGGCCAGCCAUGGAAGAAAUUUUACAAAUCGCAAAAUCGGAAGGAGCCCAUUUUAAGGAAGAAGUUAUUGAUCUGAUGCUCAAAUUGGAUGAUGGAGUAUGGUGUCAACCUUCCAUGCUUGUAGAUGUAUUAAAAGGAAACUACAUCGAGCUAGAAGUUUUAGUUGGUAAUCCUGUGAAAAUAGCUCAAAGAAACGGUGUCAGCGCUCCUUAUUUAGGCUUAAUCUAUAAUCUUCUAAAAGUAGUCCAAAACAAAACGAAGGAAUCGAAAGGACUAAUUUCCAUACCUAAAGAAAGGCCAAAUAGAAUAUAA